CACCCUUUCUGUCCCAUCCCCCCCACCCCCAAUCCUAUCGCUCCUGCCCUGUCCCGGGGCCACCCGCAACCCCUGGCCCAGUCCCCUCCCCUCCCGCCACUCCUCCUCCUCCUCCUCCUCCUCCUCCCCCCGCCCGCUUCCCGCUCCGGUCGCCCUGCCCUCCUGAAGAGAGAGAGACGCCGAGGAGCGCCUGUUGCUCUCGGCCCGGCCGCGGGGAGCGAGGGCGCCUCCUCCUCCUCUUCGGACUCCUCCCUCGCUCCGCCGCUAGGGGGUGGCCUAGCCGAGCAGCCCGACCCGGAGGCAGAAGCAGUCGGCCGGAGCAGCGCCGGCGGCACCGCCACCAUGACCCUGGGCUGCAGCAGCGGGAGCAGCCGACCCUGUGGCUUGCUGGCGGCCCCCUCGCCGGAGGAGGAGGAAGAGGACGAGACGCCGUCCGACGUGGAGGAUGCCGACAUCGACGUGGUGGGGCCCCCUCACGAGCAGGCCAAGUUUAGCGAGGAAGAGGAGGAGGAGGAGGAGGAGGAGGAGGAAGAAGAGGAGGAAGACGAUUUGCGCCUCAUCCCCAAACAGGCGGUGAGGGUGAGGCUGUCCCCAGUCCAGCGAGGCCCGGAAGCCACGCUGGGCGACAAUCACGUCGUUGCAGCGCCUCCGGCAGGGUCGACUCCGGCGGGCUCGGCUGCCGGCCCGGCGUCCGCCUCGUCGUCUUCCUCGUCCUCGUCCACGUCCACGUCCACGUCCACGUCCGGCGGCGGCGCUUCAGGAGCCGGCAAAAACCCCUUGGUGAAGCCGCCCUACUCCUACAUCGCCCUCAUCACCAUGGCCAUCUUGCAGAGCCCCAAGAAGCGGCUGACGCUAAGCGAGAUCUGCGAGUUCAUCAGCGGCCGCUUCCCUUACUACCGCGAGAAGUUCCCGGCCUGGCAAAACUCCAUCCGCCACAACCUGUCGCUCAACGACUGUUUCGUCAAGAUCCCCCGCGAGCCGGGCAACCCGGGAAAAGGCAACUACUGGACUCUGGACCCGGAGUCCGCCGAUAUGUUCGACAACGGCUCCUUCCUGCGCCGGAGGAAGCGCUUCAAGAGGCAGCAGCAGCAGCUCCACCCGCAGCCGCCGGAGCUCCUCUUGCGCGCCGCCGCCGCCGCUGCGGACCCGGCGGCUUUCUUGCCGGGUUUCGCCUACGGACCUUAUGGCUACAACUACGGGCUGCAGCUACAGUUUCCACCAUCACCACCACCAUCACCACCACCCGGUUGCCGCAGGCGGAGGACGGCGGGGACUUUUUCUUUCCAGACUUCAUCCUGCACCCUUCCUGCGCCGCCUGGCCCUGGAGCCACGGCGACCGCCCCGUCCGUCUUCUCCGGCGGGCUCUCCUCUUUCCUGGGCGGCGAUCUAAGUUGCAGGAAAGCUUUCUAUCCGGCGGGGCAGCUUAGCCCUACCGCCUCCCUCCUGCAGAGUCUCAAGACGGACCAGGGAGCGGGCAACCGGCCUUCCUUUUCCAUAGACAAUAUCAUUGGAAGCGGUGGCGGCGCGGCCCCUCCGCCUUCCAGUAGCUCAGCGGUCAGCGCAACAGAUUCGCCCUUCCCGGCGGGCCAUGCUGGGAGCCAAGCGCAGGUCCUGGCUAUGUUGUCUCCAGCUCUGACUCCCUUACCGAACCAUUUGAGCCUCACCCACGAAUCACUCCUGCAAUCGGGACAAAACUUUUCCAGCAAACUCACAAACCUCAACAAUUGUCCUUUUUAAAGGCAACCACAAUGGCCCGUUCCUAAUCAACAUUCCCCCCUCCUAUCUAUCUCCCUCUAUUGUCCUCCCAUUGUGUUUUGAAAGGUAGGAACUUUUUUUGGGUGUGUGUGUGUGGCAUCUGGCAUCAGGAUCGGUGUGUGUGUGUGUGUACGCGCAUGUGUGUGUCUAUCUCCUCCGGGGUUGUGAUUUAGCAAAUGGCGGGGUAUGUGAGUAGGGGGAGAGAAAUUGUUGAGCCAAAAGACCUAUUAAAAAUUAAGUCUGUCUUAUGAAAUGAUUUCUGGCAGCUUGGGAGAGGGGAAAAAAAGCAAAAGUGAAAUCAUUUUAAUUAGGGCUGCAGUCCUAAGCUGUCCAGGUGGUGCUAUUUUAGUUGGAUUUAUUGGAAUGGCCUUCCAAGUAUGAAUCCAUCAGCAGCUCGGUUAUUCUGGCGCAACUGCCUUAUACUCCGUAAAGUUACUCCAUUCAAUUUAAGUCUGUCGGAGUGGAGAUCUUUGUGCAGUAGAAGGCAGACUUCCCAGGUAGUUGGUUGAAGCGUGUUCCAAGGGUUUAACUUUAGUGGUGGGUGUUAAUUCAUGCUUUUGGGGGGGGGGGGAGAAUCCCAUUGCAUUCUGUAUAUGCCCCCAGUUGUGCCUCGGAUAGCAACCUUGGGGUGUGUGUACGGUGGGGGGGGGAUGCACUUGUGAGACUUUGCAUUUAAGGGUCCUGAUGUCUGUAUUUUUCCCAUUUUUGAAUGAAGGUUUUAAACAUUUCCUCUCGGGCAUCCUUAAUAGUUCAGUGUUUCCUAAAAAUGUAUAAAUCAGUUUAUGUUUAAGUGAGAUUUGAAAUACAUAUCUCUAAAGAUCAGGCCAUAUCAGCAAAUCCUGUUAUCGAAACUCCCGCCUCCUCUCCAACCCUUCAGUGUGUGUGUGUGUGUGUGUGUGUGUGUUUUCAGUGUAUCUCAUUGGCAUGUAUACAUUGUGCACCAGAGCUAUUUUGCUCUCUUCCCACUAGUUGUGUUUCCCUCCUAUUUUAUUGAAAGAAUUGUGAAUGAUUAGAUGUGGAAAAGGCAACACAUUUUUUUUUGUCCAUCUCUGGUAUAAAUUAAUAAAUGUCUGUGAAUUCUCUUAAAAGGAACCCAGUGGAUCUUGCUAUUUGCUCUUGUAAUUUUUUAAAAAUGUUGUGUCAGUAGUAUUGGAUCUUUGAAAGUGAAAAAGACCUGCAGAGUGGAUGAAUUUAUUUAGAUAUUGUUAAAAGCUAAGGGAAAAAGCAACGCCUUUAGUUUUGCAGUAGCAAACCACUUUCAAAAUCUAAGUUCAGAGACUCCACUGCCAGGACCUAUUGCAGAAGUACAUAUUGGAUUGUACUCUUCGUAUUAUUAGCCAUCCUAAUCUCGGUCUUAAAAUAUAUAUCUUGAAUUGGCUUACUAGACUACAGGUAACAAUUGAAGACAGGGUUCAGCUGCUGUUUUGAGCAGAAAUGUAAUCUAUCAAAUAUUUCCCAUUAAGUAGACCAAGUUAAAAUGAGCCAGGUAAAUAUUUGUAGCUUACUAAUGAAAUGUGGGUUUGCCAGAAUUUUUCCUUCCUUGCCUGUUAAUGAACUCAAAAUUAGUUUACUGCUACCGUCCCUCCUAUUUCUUUUAAAGUAGUGCUUUGGGGUUUUAAACCUAAAAUAUUAUUUUUAUUAUAAGGAGUUAUGCAUUAUUUUUACUUGUGGCAUCACAUGUAGCAAUUAAGUUCUUGUUUUCCAAAAUUACUUGAAAUUCCCAGGCAGUUAAUAGAGGAAAAUUAUAUUCCCCACUCCCCUUUUUGUUAUAGUUGGAAAUGUUGACAUAUGACAAGGGGAGGAGUGGUGGAGGGCGAAUAAUUUAAGUUUGUUCUUUCUUGAGCCGAAAGGGUUGAAGUGAACAUUUGAAAUCUCUGCCUAAAUUUGUGAGUGAAAAAAGGUACAAAAUAAACAAACUCUCUUUCUUAGCCAA